CGCGUGCAUGACACUGGCAAAGACGGUAGCAUUCAGCACUGACCACAAUGGCAAAGUUCCUGACGCACGAUCAGAUAAAUGAGUUCAAGGAAUGCUUCUCACUGUAUGACAAGAAGCACAAGGGUAAAAUCGAAGCGAAAGACCUGAUCACAGUUAUGCGCUGCCUAGGAGCCUGUCCAACCUUCACUGAGAUAGACAGACACCUGCAGAGCCACACAAUAGACAAGGCUGGGGAGCUGGACUUCUCCACGUUCCUCAGCAUCAUGCACCGUCAGCACCAGCAGGAGCAGCCCUGCCAGGAGAUCCUGGAGGCCAUGAAGAUGACAGACAAGCAGAGGAGGGGCUUCAUCCUGGCGCCAGAGCUGAGGGCCAAGCUCACCGGACUGGGGGAGAAACUCACCGACCAGGAGGUGGACGACAUGCUAAAGGAGGCGGGUGUCGGAACUGAUGGGCGAAUCAACUAUGAGGAGUUUGCCAAGGCAGUGACCCGACCAUCAGCAAAGUAUUGACCGAACGACAGGCAGGACAAACCUCAAGUCUCUACUGAAGACACACUGUGUGCUAACUGGGUAGAAUUGUCUGUGUUAAAGUAUAUAUGUAAAACAAGACUUGCAUGUUAAACAUAAUCCUUUUGUGCCUGGUUUAAACUAAAACAAUUUAUAUGUACAACUAGAAAAGGUACAGUAUCUGUUUCACAGAUAUUCAUAAAGGGACUGUGUUGUUUGGAUUUUAACUAUGAAAUGUAGCACAAGUUCCUAUGAUCACAUCACCGCCCUUUAAGAGGGACCUUAAUGAUCAACUCAUCUGUUAACACAGACUGUCAACACAUCAGAGUACACAUAAAUAUAUCUGCUUUAGGUCCUGUUUGUCAUGUUUCUAGGGGUUGCACUGCCAUCUGGUGUCUCACCAUGUGCACUGCAAGUAUACUACAGGCCAGUCCCACACCUUGUCACAGGUGAAGAGAGCCUCAUGCCUGGAGAGGUCUGAUAUCCCUCAAGCAUUCCAACUAAACUUACGAAUAAAGGACAGUCAUGGAGUAAUAUGGAAGAUUUUGUUUGCCCUAGUUUUUACACAUUUCUUUCAUUUGUAUAUUUCAUCUUAUGAUUUGUAAUAUAAAUAUGACCCUUUGGCCCCAAACAAUUCAUUAUUACUAGCAGGCCAUCUGAGAUUUACAUUUAGUCAUUUAGCAGACGCUCCUAUCCAGAGAGAUUUAAAGAGGUCCAUCCAUAGACACCUCAACUCUGGGACAUUUCCAUUUUGAGAUCAGAGCAGUGGUCAUAUGAAUCAUUUUGUGUUUUAACUGAGGUCCGAAACUCUGAUAGCUCAUGUGCAGCGGCUGGCCUGAUGAGCAGCGUAGCAGAACAACAACAGACCCUGGAGUGGGUCAUACACACGCUGCUGCUGGGGGCUGUCAUGAUUAUGAACUCUGGCUUUGUCAGGAUGCUAAUGUGUAGGAUGAGCUGUCAAGCCACAAAAGAUUGUAAUUAUACAGUGAAUUAUUUGUAUUUAUUGUGAUACAAUGGAUUAUCUUUCUGCUGUCAAUGUCGGAAAUAGCUAGAACUGUUAUUUUACAGUAUCGGCUAGAAAUAUUCAGAAAAACACAUUCCUUGACAAGAAAAUGACUUAUUUAAACAAACCCAAUUCAUGGUCUAAGAUACAUUAUUGUUGGUUAGAUGAGAAAUUGGCUUAAGGCGUUAAAGCUUAAUUUGCAAGGUCCAAUGACUACAUUGAUUACACCACAAUUUCUCCACGAUUUGUCUCAUUUUUCUUGUCAAGCAUAUGAGUUUUCAGAUGAACGAUUCCUUGCCUUAAUAGCCCAUGGCAUGUUCCUGCACUUUUGGUAGUGUGUACACGUUAUGUAUUGUACAGAUGAAAUUGUAUAAUCUACGUGUAAUAGACAUGACUUAAUAUUGUCCACUAACCCUUUCGAGAUGUCACGUGUAUUGGUGGACUAAGUUACAGUGAUUCCUUUAUUUGCAUGUUUGUGCGUGAAUAUCCAUGGUAGUGAUACACAUGAGCAGGUAGUCUACAACGCAUCACAGCGUGUUGUAUUGAGUCAUAAAACCAAACGCUG